UCCUCCUCGUUGCAAAAGCACCUUUCGUGCCCUCGCGCGCUCAGCUGGGUCCCUCCAGCUUCGUCGGUCGCUCCGGAGCCGCGCCGCUCCAGAAAUCCUCCGCCGAGAAAGGGCUGCGGCGAUCUGGAGGUGGCGAGCGAGCCGGCUCAGCGCUAGGAUCGGCGGUCGCGGAGGUUGGCUUUGCAACUUGGACGCAGCGAUGUCCAAGCCGCCGCCUAAGCCAGCUAAACCAGGGCAGGUGAAAGUUUUUCGAGCCCUAUAUACAUUUGAACCCAGAACCCCAGAUGAACUGUAUUUUGAAGAAGGAGACAUUAUCUACAUUUCUGAUAUGAGUGACACAAAUUGGUGGAAAGGAACCUGUAAAGGAAGAACUGGACUAAUCCCCAGCAACUAUGUGGCUGAACAAGCAGAAUCCAUUGACAAUCCAUUACACGAAGCUGCCAAGAGAGGAAACCUGAGCUGGUUGAGAGAAUGUUUGGAUAACAAAGUUGGUGUCAAUGGCUUAGAUAAAGCUGGAAGCACAGCCUUGUAUUGGGCAUCUCAUGGUGGACACAAAGACAUCGUGGAAGUAUUAUUGACACAGCCAAAAGUAGAACUAAAUCAACAGAAUAAACUGGGAGACACAGCCCUGCAUGCUGCUGCAUGGAAAGGUUAUGAAGAUAUUGUAGAAAUUUUGCUAGGAAAAGGUGCCAGAACAGACUUAAGAAACAAUGAGAAAAAACUGGCUAUGGACAUGGCUACCAAUGCUGCCUGUGCUUCCUUGCUUAAAAAGAAACAAGGGCAAGACAUAAUGCGAACAUUAAGCAAUGCAGAAGACUAUCUUGAUGAUGAAGACUCUGACUGAAUUGCCUUAAUUUGCCUUGAAAAAUCAAUAGCUUCUUCUUUUCAUCUUUCUCAGAUUAUUUUCCUCUGCUGUGACAAAAUAUUUUUAUCACAAUGUGUGCUACUAUAACUUAAGUAUGGGGAGACAUUCCUCCCUUAUAAAAAAAUGUUCUCCCCUAUUAAGGCUAUAAAUUCCCUAAUUGCUUUUUAAAUUAUUUGUCUAGAAGAGGGCUAUGUUGAAAUAGGCUUCACUCUUUAAGUAACAUUUAGAGAUGUCAGCCAUUUGGAGUGGACGGGAAAUAUAUAUUCAUCUUAAAAUGACAUGUUUUGGGCUAUUUUAUGGAGAACAACAUCUCAGGAACUUGGAUUCUCCACAGAACAUUUUACCAUCAUCCCUUAUCCUCUCUCUUCCCCCUCCAUAUAUAUUUAUAGGUUGUCUCUCAUUAAGUUGAUCUACUUUGUGCUAGAACACCUAAUGGCAGGUUACGUAAAGAAAACUCAGGCCAGGGAGCUAAAAUUAAAUGACUCCUUUAAUGUUUCCCUUGAGAACUGGCUGUGAUUGCAAUUACUGUAGGUUAAUUCACAUGGUCCAAAAAACGGUUUAGCACCAGAUGAGGCAGGGAGGGAAUAAUCUUGAGGGAAGAGUGAGAAAGGAAAAGGAAGAUUGUUUGGCCAGCUAAAAUGCAGCCAUUUAGCCUUGAUAGUUCAGACAUCAAUCUUUUGCAAUCUCUCUAGAACAAGGAUGGCCAACCUUGGCAACUUUAAGACCUGUUGGACUUCAACUCCCAGGAUUCCUCAGCUAGCCAUGGAAUUCUGGGAGUUGAAGUCCACAGGUCUUAAUGUUGCCACAGUUGGACAUCCCUGCUCUAGGAGUCUUGUCACUACAAUUGGAUCUGGAGGAUAAAAGAAGGCUUAAUUCUGUCUUUUACAAUGACCGUAGGGAGAAUUUGAUCUUAUGAAUAAGGAAUGUAUGUUUAAGCUCAAACCUGUCUUCCAUAAUAAUAAUUUUGGAGAUGAAAAGAGGCUGAGCCUUCUCUUUCGCUCUAAUUUGUAUGUGUGAGAUAUUUUCCAAAUGUCCCUUAUUUCACAGAAUUGCUGCCCUCUGUGUGUAUGUACUGGUAUGUAUGUAUGUAUGUGUAGAUGUGCUUGCGUGUGUCCAAGUCCUGAAUUUUAAGUGGAGGAAAAACUAGGUAAGAUAUCCUCUGUUGUCUUGCUUUAUGGCUUUAUGAGGUAAUAAGCCAAAAAAUGUGGCAUUUGCCCAUCUGAACACAUGCAGAAGUCUGUUAAUUUAUCUGCAUCAUUUCUUCUUUUUCACCUGAACAUCUCAUCAAAGUUGUUUCUACACAUGAAUCCAGCAUCUGGAUUAAGAGAGAUGUAAUAGGCAAUCCAUUUAUGGUCUUUAUUAUCUCUAUAUUGCAACAUAGAGGUGGCAGUAAAUCAUUUUUGCCAAAGUGUUCCUGGCUGCAAUAAUGGGAGUUGCGUUGAAACACAUCUAAAGUACAGUAUAUAAUAUUGGGACCAGCUGCACUCAGUCUUCAUGUAUUUAUAGUAGAAUUCAUUCACUGAGGCCCAUGGUAUAUAACCUUCUCUUUGUACAGGUUGUCCACUUAAUUUGGGGCAGAUUUACCUAGAGAUACUCGUUAUUCCGCUGUAAUUUGGAAGAUAUUUAUGGUUGUGUCUGUAACAGGAUGAUAAUGACUCUUUUCACCAUAUGCUCUUAACUUUCCUGUUUCUUUUUACCUUCAAAGUAUUUCAAAAUGGAUAUGUUUCUGAACUCAUGCGCAAUGUAAAAAAGCCUACAAGCCAAAACUAUAUUCAGAAAAGUAUUGAUUCAGUAUGAAUAAAUAUUUUUAAAUGCUUUGAAA